AUGGCCAUCACAAGGUCUAAGCGCAAAGAAUUGGAGAGCCUGUCGUCUAAGAACAAUAGACGAGUCAGUCGCCUCAAUCCAGAGUCGCUGACAUUAACGAACAAACGUCCCAAAAUUUCGACAGCUUUGAUUACAAUAGCCGAAAACAAUCAGAAAAGGCGGUUUGACAGUGAUUUACGAGGAAGAAUUCUUCGAGCUUCUUAUAGGCUAAGGGCGAACCUCUUGAACAAAGUUUACGCUAAUUCCGGAUCCAGAUCUCGAAAGAGGAUCAAGGCAAUUCUUGACAAUUGGAUUGAUAGCAUGGAAUUGACUUUAGAUGAAUACCAAGCACGUCAAAAGGAAUACCUCGGACAGUUCAGGUCUGCGAGGAAGGAAAACGUGUUUCUAUCAUUCUCUUCGCCACAUUCUUGGAAAAAGAAUCUUCGGGUGCUCAUGAUUAAGAUAGGUAAAUCCAUGGUUUACAUGGUCUCCCGUUUAGAAGAGCACGGGGAGUAUGCUCCAGAUAUUCGGACGAAAGAAAUCAAUGAUGUCGUUUACCAAAUCAAGUCUGAAAUCGAGAAUCAGGCUCUGUUCUUUUCAUUAGAAUUCCAGUACGCUUUCUCUUGGUUGUGGAGACUUUAUCUAGCUCAGAAAGUCCGAGCUUUAAUCAAUCUUGCAAAAAGAUGGUGCGUGUGUUUUUGGUUUGGGGUUUUGAAGAUUAUACUCACGUCGGUUGAGAAUAUAGAGGUUGGAGAAAGAAGUGUCGCAUAUACUUCGACGAGUUCAAACCUGAGUGAAUCCCAUUUCAAAAUCAGUAUUUCCACCGCCCAUUCUGAAGGGUCCCUACGAUCGGUACAAGAAGAAAUUACGGAUACUUGGGAAUCCGCAGACUCGUGGGAUUACAGUGAGGAUCCGUUUGCCAAAUGCAUUGUUAAGUCUCUUACAGCAACUGUGGAGGAAAUUGAAUUUUGGCCUGACGAACAAUUUGGCCCGAUGCCCGAUUUUUUGGUCUUGAGAGGAAUAAAGAAUGCCCUGGAACCGAAUUGA